AAGCAGAAACAGAAAAAGUCCUGUUUCAUAUUACACACAAAUGGCGUAAAAAAUAAAAGAAAGGAGAAGAGGGAUCCUGAGCUGAGGCUCUGUUCUUUGGGAAACAUUGAACUGCCUUUUAUGGAGGCUGCUGGUCUGGAAAAUGAAGAUCUCUUCAGUGGUCAUACUUCUCCUUACAAGAGUGUUCAUUGCCGAAGUGUGCCAGGCAAUCAAUGCCACCAUCACCCCGUUCCCCUUCACGGUGGCCCAGGAGGGCGAGAACAUCACCCUGACCUGCCAGGUGUCCCAGAGACGACGCUCCAGCAGCCUGCCCGUGGUUAAAUGGACCUUCCGGCCCGAGCAUUCUUCCAGCGACGAAGAGCUCCUCAUCGCCAAGGUCAACAUGAGAAAGGCCAGGUUCUAUGGGAACUAUACAAAGAGCUUCCCCUGGCCUAAGCUGAAACUGACAGUGAUCAAGCAGGGGAGGAUUUUCGACCUGCUCAUUAUGAACAUCUCAGCGGAGGACCGAGGACUCUACAUAUGCCGGGUGCAGGAGUUCAAGAGGCACCAGAGCCGAUGGAAGGCGUCAACGAACUGCACGGCCGCCACCGAGCUCAGAGUACAUGUCCUACCAGUGACCAAGGCCAAGGAGAGUCUGUGGAGUCUGUUUGAAGACAUGUACCUGUGCGCUGCGCUGAUCUGCUCUGUGGGACUGGUGUGCAUGUGCAUGUUCACCGUGGUGGUGACCUGCCAAUAUGUCCAGAGGAAGAGGUUAAAAGGAUGUGUUUCCCCGUCAUGCGCCAACGUUUCGUCUCAUUGUCUUACAGACAGCUACCAUUUGGUCAAGAGCCCUCAGAACAGUUCAGGGGAGACGGUGACCAGUCUAGUCAGUGUGUCUCCUGCCCUGCCCAAAAAGCAGAGGAGGUACAGGAGGAAACGUAGCAAAGAGCAGUCUGAGAUACCACCAGAGAUACCAGCUAAAGCACCCAUUGCAGACAAAAUCCGAAAACCCAAACUUUUAAAGGCGCAGCCGAGGAAAGUGGUUUUAGCUUCCUUUUCUUCUUGUCCCUUGCAGCCGAAGAUUGCAGAGGAAAGCCUGACUUAUGCAGAGCUGGAGCUGAUCAGGCCUCUGCCGGACAACAAAGCCUCAUGCACAGGCACGGUAUAUGCCGAGAUCCUCUUUAAGGAGAGGCAAGUGUGAGAAACACACCACUAAUAUCUUUAGGCUGUAGCUCAUGUACAUGUUAUAUUUAUGAUCAGUAUUAUUGUUUCAUAUUGUGUAUUUCAGUCAACGGUGGGAAGUCGCUUUUCUUUACAAAGUCCAAAUGAGAUGAGAUACAAAUGUGUUUUCUAUUUUGAAAAUGUUGAAUUUUUAUUUUACACGAGACAUCCUAUAUUCUUUUUUUUUGUUUUGUUUUUUAAUAUUCAACCCGAAUGCCUUAUCCCCCGAAAACAUCUGCAUGAUGUCUGCCAUGUUCCGCUAUGUAAUUACCGCAGUACUUCAGCUGCAAAGCUUGACAUUAAAGGCAACAAUUAGCCACCUGCCCUCAGGAGAUAAGUUUGUGCUAUCACGCCAGUGCUUUCAACUGGUGCCAAAGUCAACGGGCUCUUGGGACACACUGUACCCAGAGCUGUGGUCAGCUUGUGAUGGAGCAAUUUAACAGGCUGCAAACUAAAGGCCUUGUUUGGUUUCCCUUGUUAUAUAGCACCAGUGAACACCUCUCACCUGAAGAUUACAUAGCACAUCAUUAAUGAAGGUUGUUUUGUUUGUAGUUUGUAUAAGAACUACGCCAAUGACCAAAUGCCAUAUCGGUAUCUCUCAACAGCUGAGUUUCACCUUCUGGUUUGAACUUUUCAGUGAAUAUAAGUGUGUGUAAAAAUGCUUAGUGAAUUGUUUUCGCUGUUUAAUGACCCCUUGGAUUGAACCAUGGAAAAGCGAGCAAAACGCCCGGAUUUUCUUUCUCCCCCAGUGAACUUGAAACGCCAGACAUCUAGGCACCAUAACCAUGCCCUCCCCCAUCUUUCUCUCUCUAUCAUACAUGCAGAUCUAUACAUCUAUAAUCCCCAGAGUGGGAUUGUGCAUUGAGACGAUUCCACACGCAGGAGAAACCAAAUCUCUUCCCACAUACAUUGACCACAGCGAACUCUUAUCUAAAUCUAUCGAUACAAAUCUACACAAUGACUCAAAGUAAACCUCCGGGGGUGAGAGAAACUUUAGAGAACCUUUUUUAAAACUGUGAAGAAAAAAAAUGAAAGUCUCCUCCAAACCACAUUGGACUUAAUGGGAGGCCACUGCAUGGACCACUAACUAGAACCAUGUGUGAACGCUGAACUCUGCACUUUUCCUCUGCCGUUUGUUUCAAGCAGAGAGCGCCGUCCUCCGCACUCAUCAACAUUCCGCUCUGUUCCAUUUGGAGCUCCCAUGUUGUUGUUGUUGUUGUUUUGCAAUUGAAUUGACAUACGAGCGUUUGUGCAUGUAAUGUAUCAUGUGUGUAUCAUGUGCUGUAUAAACAUCGAGCGGAUAUGUUACGGUCAGCGGUUAUUAAUCA